AGAAAUGAAACUCAUAGCCCACAGGAAGGAGAGAGUCAUCAAGAACAUCUUCUUCAGGAGGGUACAAAAUCCAAAAUCCAAAAUCCAAAAUUCAAAUCCGCCAUGGCUGCGACCUCCAACCAAGACCCACUUCCCCCUCCCUUCGUAGACACAGUGAACGAGCUGACAAGAAUUUUCCGAUCACUUCCGGCGAGACCCUCCAUUGAAGAGGUCGAAGCAGCCAUGGCGAUUCUCGAUACCGUUCAGAACGACGAGGAUUUCAAAUUGGGGGAGAUUUCGAAGCAGCGAGUUCCCGAAAAUGUCCCCGAAGAGCUCUUCUCCGUCCUGCAGCAGAUGAGGAAGACGAUGGUGUUGUUCGAGAGCCACGAACAGAGGCGAGAGGCCAUUCGCUUGAUCGAGCUAGAUAAGAUGCUGCGGACCUUCGAUGAACUCAUUCAGAGAGCUUCUGAACUGGUUUCUGGUGAUUCCCAGAGGCAGAGCCCUCUGAAUUUGGGCGAUCCAGUUCAGAAAAUUGAAAAAGUUUCUGUAAGUAGUGACCAGAAUUUGGAGAGCAAGAAGAAAGAUGAAGAAUUCGAGAGCAAUGACGGCAAGGGUUUGGUUAAGAGUUCUUCUCUCGUUGCUCCCUUUUCUUCAGGUGAAGGAGAAACUGGGAAAUUGAGUUUGAUGAAAGUUGCUGCUCUUAUUGAAAGCAUUGCUAAAAGUGGUUCAGUUGUACUUGAUCUGAAGCGGAAGUUGAUGGAUAAGAUUGAGUUGCUUCCAAUUUCAAUUGGGAAAUUAUGUGAUCUUGUUGAAUUAGACCUGUCGGAAAACAAAAUCAUGGCUCUUCCUCCUGGUAUUAGUGGCCUUAGGUCGUUAAGGAAGUUUGACAUUCACUCAAACCAAUUAAUAAACCUUCCCGACACAUUUGGGGAACUCAUCAAUCUCACCUACGUCGACCUCCAUGCAAACAGGCUAAAAUCGCUGCCAGCUUCUUUUGGUAACCUGAAAAAUCUUAUUUCUCUUGACUUGAGUUCAAACCUAUUCACCCAUUUACCAGAAAUCAUUGGGAAGUUGACUAGUUUAACGAAGUUGAACGUGGAAACCAAUGAGCUUGAGGACUUACCUUACACAAUUGGAUCAUGUUUGUCGCUUGUGGAGCUACGGCUGGACUUUAAUGAGAUCAAAGCCCUUCCUGAGGCAAUCGGAAAGCUCGAAUGCCUGCAGAUUCUCACCCUGCAUUACAACAGAAUCAGAGGACUGCCAACAACAAUGGGAAACCUCCCCAAGUUGAAGGAACUGGAUGUUAGCUUCAACGAAUUGGAAGCAAUCCCCGAGAAUCUCUGUUUUGCAGUGAGCCUCCGGAAACUGAACGUUGGCAAGAACUUUGCAGACCUCACAGCCUUACCAAGAUCUAUCGGGAGCCUGGAGAUGCUCGAGGAGUUGGAUAUAAGUGCAAACCAGAUACGAUUCCUACCUGAGUCCUUCAGGUUCUUGUCAAAAUUGAGAGUCCUCCAAAUAGAUGAAACUCCAUUGGAAGAACCACCCAGAGAAGUUCUUGAAUUGGGUCCUCAGGCUGUUGUCCAGUACAUGGCUAAUGCAGUGGAAAGAAGAGACCUUAAAUCUCAACCAACACAAGAGAGGGGAUUUUGGGUAUGGUUUUGCUCAAUAUGUUGCACCAAAAGAAAAAAUAUUCCCAAACACAGGUUAUCUACCCAAACACAGCUUUGAUUUGUUGAUUUGCCAUAGAAAAUAUGGUCUUUCUCAGUUUCUCUGUUGUAUAGGGAAUGGUUAGAUAGCAGAAAUUUAUCUCUUUUUCUCAAACUUGUACAGAAGUCUUGUUUGCGUGUAUAGUGGAUGAAUUUUGAAUUAAUUAGUGGGUUGAAAUAAAACAUCUAAGUGUUUAUUAUGCUCUUA